UUAGGAAGAGCCGUGUUUUGUUUACCAGUGCUGCCCGAGCGGUUUUAGGAGGCGGUUGUGCGCGAAGUUACUCCCCGGCACAGGAAAAUAUGUCCGAAACAGGAGCUUCCCCGGCUAAAAUGAAGAAAUUAGAGGCAGUUCCCGGCAAUGAGGGGAGUGAGGGGCGGGAGUACGACCCAGAGACACAGCGGGCACUGGAGGAAAUUGACGCCUGCCAGAAUGAGAUAGACCAAUUAAAUGAGAAAGCUAGUGAAGAAAUCUUGAAAGUUGAACAGAAAUACAAUAAGCUCAGAAAACCGAACUUUGAGAAGCGCAGCAGCAUCAUUCAGAGGAUUCCAAACUUCUGGGUCACUGCGUUUGUGAAUCACCCUCAAAUCUCUGCCAUCCUGGAGGAGGAGGAGGAGGAGUGUCUGCACUACCUCAGCAAGCUGGACGUGGAGGAAUUCGAUGACAUCAAGUCUGGAUACAGAAUCAAAUUUUUCUUCGAUGAGAAUCCGUACUUUGAUAAUGAGGUGCUGACAAAAGAGUUCCACCUUGGCUCCACAGGGGACCCCGCCUCACACUCGACAGACAUCAAGUGGAAGGACGGACACAAUCUACUGCACAGGUUUCGUCAGCGCACACAGCAGCAGCAGCAGCAGCAGCCGGGUGGGGGGAGGGGGACUGCCGGGGCACGCAAGAGACCCCUGGAGCUGAGGUCAUUCUUCUCCUGGUUCUGUGACCACGGUGACCCCUCUGCUGACGAGAUUGCCGAGGUGAUUAAGGACGACAUGUGGCCGAACCCUCUCCAGUAUUUCCUGGUCCCCGACAUUGAGGUGGAGAACGGUGAAGGGGAGGAGGAGGAGGAGGAGCUGGAGGAGGAAGAGGUGGAUGACAAUGUGGUGGUGGUGGAGGAGGAGAUUGAGGAGGUGGAGGAAGAAGGGCCUGAGGAUGAUGAGGAGGAAGAGGAGGAGGAGGAGGAGGGACAAGAGGAUGGAGAGGCAGACGAGUGAGAGAAAGUUCAAGCAAACAGAAGAUAAAGAGAGAGAGGGAGAGAGGGAGAGACCACCACCACCACCACCACCUACAGAGAGAGAGAGACUACAACCAUCACCACUACCUACACAGAGAGAUAGAGAGAAAGAGAGAGAGUGAAAGAGAGGCGCCCUACAAAAUAUUGAGCGAGUUAGAGAGGAAUUUCACACACCCAUAUCCCCCCUCCCCCUCUCUCUCUCUCUCUAAUACAUACACAAGAUAGUUUGUGUAUGUGAAAGAAAAUGUGUGUGUGUGUGUGUGUGUAUGGUCUUGUUUCUUACAAUUUUAUAUUACUUGCAACUCUUGUGUGUGUUUGUAUGUGUAUGCAGGGUCUGUGUGUGUGUGUGUGUGUGUGUGUGUGUGUGUGUGUGUGUGUUAAUUAUGUACGUGUGUUUUUAAUAAUUUCACGAGUAUUUGUGUGUUUGAUUUCUUAGUGUUGCAAAGUUAGGUUAUUUUAGUUGGAUGCUCUCUCUCUCUCUCUCUCUCUCUCUCUCUCUCUCUCUCUCUCUCUCUCUCUCUCUCUCUCUCUCUCUCUCUCUCUCUCUCA